AUGCGGGAGACCGGCGGCACGCCGCAGACGGUGCCGGCGGCGCGUGGGGCAGGCGCCGGCUGCGCGCGGGAGAAAGAGCCGGCGGCGCGUGGGGGAAGGCGCCGGCUGCGCGCGAGAGAAGGAUCCGGUGGCGCGUGGGGAUGGACCGGCGAAUCGCGGGGAAGGGGCCGGCGGCGGGUCGUUCUCGUGCGGGAGAUUGGGGAAAAAGUUGCCAGUGCAGACUACAUUCCUCCCCGCUAUGUUCUGGGAUUCAAGAAAGUAAACGAGUUUUUUUUGCUGCAGGGGGUGAGGCCGUUCGUGGAGCUUGCGCCGGCGACGGCGGUGGUGUGCUCUCUGGACUUCAAUGACUCGCUAGAGGAUACGUCCUUCACCGCUUACCCAUGGACGACGUUGAUGCUGUUCGAGCCAUUGGGGGUGGCCAUGCUGAUGACCAUGGGGAAGGCGGGCGGCGGUGGUGUCGUGGGAUCGGCCUGGUCGCGCUUCGUCUUCAGCAUGUCCGACAACGCGCUCAAGCCGUGGUAUCUGUCCACCACGCCGGCGGCGCCCGUGGCGGGACCGUGCUCCAUGGUGGCCUCUUCAAGUCCUUCCUUCGUCGGCGUGUCCCCGCUCACUGCACACUCCUUCUCAUUCGCCUCACCAGCCGCGCGCUCCAUUCCGCAGCCCGUCCAGCAGCACCGAGGUAGACCCAUGGGGCCGACACCGUCCGUAGCCAAGGGACACAAGGCUCCUUCUCCUGCUCCUAUAUUGACGCUGCCACCACUGCCGCAACAAUUCCUGAGGACGCCAUGGUCGUCGUUCCUGCAGUCCCCGUUCAUGUUCCGGAAGGACGGGCAGUCUAGCCAUGGGGAGCGGGAGCGCGAGUCCUUCAUGUUGUUCCUAGGCUUCUGCCGCCGGCCCUACGCACCCAUCGUCGACGAAAAGUUCUUGCUCCCUACGCAACCAUUGUCGAUGAAAAGCUCUGUGAAUUUUGACCGACUCCCGUGGUAG